AUGCGCUCAGUGCUGCCAUGGCUGAUGGUAGCCGGGGUGACGUCAUAUCCUCCCGACUACGGCUAUCCACCCGAUGAGCCACCACCGAAUCGAGGGGGUGACCCACUGAUCCCGCAAUAUUUGCAGCAAGUCCUAAAUGGAAUGAGCCCUAAUAAUGAGAAAGAUUCAUCGGAUGACAACGAAUACCCGACACCCAGUGUGGAGACCCUCAAAUCGGUCAACAACCUGACACAAAACGUGCUCAACCGGGCCAACAGCUAUUUGGACUCAAUGUCAGGCAUGGACGAUAGAUACGGAUCCACAAAACGUGAUGAUUCUAGCUAUGGCUACUACACAACUCCGUCGUACGAUUGGUACAGAGAACACGAGCCGCCAAAGAAGUCCUCACGAUUGGGAAUGUGGCUCGGUAUUGGAAUCGGACUCGCCGUUCUAGCAGCUAUCCUCUGCAUUGCUUUGUUCAUAUUUUGUGUUUAUCGGCGACGAAGAAUAAAACGAGGCCAGAGAUCGAUUCUACCAUUCCCUGGAAGCAAAGAAACAAACGCCUAUCAAAAGUAUGAGCACAGCCCGGCCAUGUCAAGCAUUUAUAGCCUAUCCGGCAACGAUCCAUGGGAAAUGCCAAGAUCGAAUCUCAUUGUUGAUUAUGAGAAUAAACUUGGGAGUGGAGCCUUUUGCAAUGUGUUCAAGGGUAGAAUAGUUGGCGAGGCUCCAGUUUGUCAGCUGCAACCAUCACUUCGAUCCGCGCAAUUCAGAGACUGUGAGGUGGCCGUGAAAAUGUUACCCUCUUUUGCUGAUGAUAUUGCAAGGAGUGACUUCAUGCAGGAGAUCAACUUCAUGAAAUCCCUUCGCUACCAUCUUCAUCUCGUCUCUAUGCUCGGUUACGUAUCAGACCGAAAAUCCCCAAUGCUCAUCGUCGAGUUUUGCCCACACGGAGAUCUAUUGCACUACAUUAGAGAAAGAAAGGAUUUUAUCCAAAGUGGAGUCAAUAACGAAAGCGGUGUUCGAAUCAAGGAAAUCGUUUCGUUUGCUUGGCAAAUCGCACAAGGAUUGGAAUAUCUGAAUAGCGUUGGAUGCAUUCAUCGAGAUGUUGCUGCGAGAAAUGUUCUUGUAGCUGAUAACUUUAUUUGUAAAAUCGCUGACUUUGGACUUUGUCGUUUAACCGAUUCUCUUCUUUACACAGCUCGUGGAGGUCGAUUACCGCUGAAAUGGAUGGCACCAGAAAGCCUCUCAACUUUCGAGUACUCUUUCAAGAGUGAUGUUUGGUCUUAUGGUAUUCUCCUAUGGGAACUCUUCUCUCUUGGUGAGGUGCCAUUUGGAGGAGUUCAAACGACAGAUCUCCUCAUCUAUAUUCGUGCCGGCAAUCGACCGGAUCGACCCUCGUUUUGCACGGAUGAAGUCUGGCGACUCAUCAUGACUUGUUGGCAUCUCGAGGCCGAUCGUCGACCAUCCUUCACCGAAUUGGGAAGAGAAUUCGGGAAAAUCCUUGAAAUCGCCACGGAAAAUUAUGGCUAUCUGAUCCCAACGAGUCAACGAAUCAGUCGAGACAGUCGAGAGAGUCAAAUGAGUCGAAUGACAACCGCCACUCCAAGUGAUGAGAGCAGUGAAAUCAGUGAUGUG